AUGUUCUUCACCGGCACACUCCAGGAGGGCAUUUCCAAGGCCCUCCAGGAGACCAAGCUCGUCGUCUGCUUUGUGACGGAUGAUGAGGAGGAGAGCAAGACCUGGGAGACUGAGUUCCUCACCGAUGAGACUAUCGCCCCCUCGCUUGACAAGGACGCCGUGGCCCUUCGGCUGCAAGCUGGCUCACAGGAGGCCGGCUACUUGGCAGCCAUCUUCCCCCUUCCUAAGAACCCAACUUUGGUUAUCAUCAAGAACGGCGAGCUGAAGGAAUACAUUUCCGCAGGCACGUCCAAGGAGGAAUUCGUGAGGCGGGUGAGCGGGGCUUUCCAAGCACAGACAGCUGCCACAUCGGCUGCGCAACCAGGCAGCACGCCUGUUGCUGCUGCUGCUGCUGCUACGGCCGUGACUUCCGACGCGCCAUCGUCGGAAUCCCAGACACCUGGCGAGGACACACCAGCAUCAUCAAGCACCCCGUCAUCGUCAGAGCAACAGGGCCAGCCCUCCAUAGCUGCCAUCACCCAGGAAGACGAGGUGCGCCGGCAGGCAGCCCGCAAGGAGCGCGAAGCACUGGAGAGACGGCGUAAAGAAAAGGAGCAGGAGGAACAGGCCCCGGACCCAUUUAAAGCAAAGCAGAAUGACGCCAAGAAAAAGGCCGCCCAGCAGCUCGCCGAGCGCCAACGCCAGGUGCGGGAGGACAGGGCGAGGGUUCUGAAGCGCAUCGAGGACGAUCGCGCGGAGCGGAAGGCGCGCGAUGAGAAUAACCGUGUGGCGCGGGACAUGGAACGCAGGGCUGCCGCAGGGGAGGACGUCGAAGAGAUCACUGCCGCGGCCGGGGAGCCCGCGCCGACCGGCAUGGCGCGGCGGCAGCACGACCAGUGUGCCCUACAGGCCCGCCUGUUCGACGGCUCGACAAUCCGCACGCGGCUGCCCGCGAAAGCCACGCUGGGCCGGGACGUGAGGAAGUGGAUCGACGAGGCCCGCACGGACGGCAAUAAUCCUUACUGCUUCAAGGUCAUCCUCACGCCGCUGCCGAACCGCUCCAUUGACCCUACCACCGAGGAGGACCAGACGCUCGAGGAGCUAGGCCUCACCCCGAGCUCGACGCUGGUGCUGGCGCCUGUGGACCGGCCCGUGCCGGCGUACCCAAGUAUCAACGCUGGCUUGUACAACCCGGUGUCGCACCUGAUUGCGGCGGUGCUGGCCUUCAUCGGUGGCAUACUGGGAAGCAUCACUGGCGCGGUGACGGGCUCGGGAAGCGGAGGAAGCGAGGCGGGCAGCGGGGCCGGACAGCGGGCCUCGCCAGAGCAGCAAGACCGGGGCCAGGCGCAGACUACGGGGCGAGACGGGGGCAGUGUGAGUCGGAUCAAGGGCUUCCAGAACCCGGAUGACAGCAAGCGGGAUCAACAGCUUUACAACGGGAACUCGCUAAACUUCGAGCCGAGGAAGGACGAAGACGACAAGGACAAGUAG